UCCCCAUAAACUUGGAUUGCCGUCGCUUAUUUCAAUCACGUAAGACCCCUAAUGGCGUUGUCCAGGCGAGGGUGUUACGUAUAUCUGUACAAGGUUUUCUGACAACCCAGGCUUGUUGAUAUUUGUCUUUACUGUAGAGCCACCAAGGUGUUGCCUAAGAGAGUUUAAGCAAGCCGAUAUUGCAAAGGGUUAUUAGAUUCAUAAGUCAGCGAAGUGGUGGGCGAUCUACUGAGCACAGCAGAAGUUCGCAUAUGAUGAGUUCAAAGAAGACACAUUACCUACAAGCAUCUGUUGGAGUGAGUGGAUAUUAAGACACUUCUAUCUCCAGGACAGCGUAGGGGAAAAUGCACGUUGGACAGAGGCACCGGAGUCGUGCAUGGACUAAAACGCCGAGUGGACGCCAACUCUCUUUCUCUCUUUUCCCAGCCCCCUUUGCCAAACCUGGGAUUGUUUUUUCAACUUUUGUUCCACCAGGUUAGAAGAGUGAUGACCAUCCUGUUCCUUACUAUGGUUAUUUCGUACUUCAGUUGCAUGAGAGCUGCGCCCCUGAGAGACGCCCCGGGUAUGCGGGGCCAUCGGACGGAAGGCUAUUUGGGCGCUGCUGCGACGGCCGCACGAGGCCAUGGGACUCCACAGAGUGGUGGUGGGCCAGGCCAGCGCGGGGAACUGCCCUCACUUACAGACACGUUUGAGCAGGUGAUAGAGGAGCUGCUGGAGGUGGAAGGAGAGGCGGCACAGCUAGGACAGGGGGCUGAUAAGAGCCAGGGAGGUGGGGGCCCAUCCUCGGUGGUCACCACAGAGACCAAGGAUGUCGACCUGUACGACUCACGGGUGAUGAUCAGCAACCAAGUGCCUUUGGAGCCGCCGUUGCUCUUUCUUCUGGAGGAAUACAAAAACUAUCUGGAUGCCGCUAAUAUGUCCAUGAGGGUGCGGCGACACUCCGAUCCCUCGCGGCGUGGAGAGCUCAGUGUGUGUGACAGUAUUAGCCAGUGGGUGACAGCUGUGGAUAAAAAGACGGCAAUAGACAUGUCUGGGCAGACAGUUACCGUCAUGGAAAAGGUCCCUGUCCCCAAUGGCCAACUGAAGCAAUACUUUUAUGAGACCAAAUGCAACCCCAUGGGGUACACAAAGGAGGGCUGCAGAGGAAUAGACAAGCGGCAUUAUAAUUCCCAAUGCAGGACAACCCAGUCCUACGUGCGAGCGCUUACCAUGGAUAGCAAAAAGAAGAUUGGCUGGCGGUUUAUAAGGAUAGACACUUCAUGUGUAUGCACAUUGACCAUUAAAAGAGGGAGAUAGUGUAUAAAAUGUAUAGAUUUUAUUGAAGAGUUUAAAAAAGAGAAUAAAGAGAAAAUAUCUAUUUGUAUAUAUACAUAACAGGGUAAAUUAUUCCGUCAAAUGAAAAUUUUAUGGACUGCAUGUAAAAAAAGAUGAAGUUUAUACAGUAAAAGUGAUACUACAGUCUAUUUAUUGAACAUAUUCAUGACCUUGUAAACAAUUAAAAAAAAUCUGAUCAGUCA